GGGCCGGAAGCGGUGGUGGGUUCCGGUGUGGGCGGGGCCGGCGGCAGCUGCAGGGAGGAGGUGGAGGCAGGGGCCGCGCUCUGGUGGCGGCGGCGGAGCAGUGGGUGCCCGGCGGGAGGCCGGGGGAACGGCCGCCGCCAUGAAGAAGCAGUUCAACCGCAUGAAACAGUUGGCCAACCAGACCGUCGGCAGGGCUGAGAAAACGGAGGUACUCAGUGAAGACCUUUUGCAGAUCGAGAGACGUCUUGACACUGUGAGAUCUGUUUGCCACAUUGCACAGAAGCGAUUAAUUGCGUGUUUUCAGGGCCAGCACAGUACAGAUCCUGAUAAGAGACAUAAAAAACUCCCUCUGACAGCUCUUGCUCAGACUAUGCAGGAAGGGUCCGUCCAGCUGAGCGAUGAGACGCUGCUGGGGAAAAUGCUGGAUACCUGUGGCGAUGCAGAGAACAGACUGGCUAUGGAACUCUCUCAGCAUGAAGUACAGAUCGAAAGAGAAGUUUUAGACCCGCUGUGUCUGCUAACAGAGACAGAGAUCCCAAACAUUCAGAAGCAGAGAAAACAGCUUGCGAAGCUGGUGUUGGACUGGGAUUCUGCAAGAGGAAGAUAUAACCAAGCCCACAAGACUUCAGGAACAAAUUUUCAAGUGCAUCCUUCAAAAAUAGAGUCUCUUAAGGAAGAGAUGGAUGAAGCUGGAAAUAAAGUAGAACAAUGCAAGGAUCAGCUGGCAGCAGACAUGUAUAACUUUGUGUCCAAAGAAGGGGAAUAUGCCAGAUGUUUUGUUAUGUUAUUAGAAGCACAAGCAGAUUACCAUAGAAAAGCAUUAGCAGUCAUAGAAAAGGUCCUACCCGAAAUUCAAGCCCAUCAAGACAAAUGGACUGAAAAACCAGCUUUUGGAACUCCAUUAGAAGAGCAUCUCAAGCGCAGUGGCCGUGAAAUUGCAGUCCCGAUUGAAGCCUGUGUGAUGAUGCUGCUGGAAACAGGAAUGAGAGAGGAGGGCUUAUUCAGAAUUGCUGCUGGAGCCUCCAAGUUAAAAAAGCUGAAAGCUGCCUUGGAUUGUUCAACUUCCCAGCUUGAUGAAUUUUAUUCCGAUCCCCAUGCUGUUGCAGGUGCCUUGAAGUCCUAUUUGCGAGAGCUGCCAGAACCUCUAAUGACCUACAGCCUGUAUGAAGAAUGGACACAAGCUGCAAAUAUUCAGGACCAGGAUAAGAAGCUACAAGAGUUAUGGAGGAUUUGUAACAGAUUACCGAAGCAUUAUCACGCGAACUUCAGGUAUUUAAUCAAAUUUUUAGCAAAGCUUGCACAGAACAGCGAUGUUAACAAAAUGACACCCAGCAAUAUCGCAAUAGUCCUGGGCCCCAACUUGUUAUGGGCAAAGAAUGAAGGAUCCCUUGCUGAAAUGGCAGCAGCGACUUCAGUCCAUGUGGUAGCAGUUAUUGAGCCAAUUAUCCAGCACGCUGACUGGUUCUUCCCUGGAGAUCAAGAUUUCAAUGUGUCUGGUGCAUUUGUUGCAAUUCCUGCUGUUAAUUCAAAUCACUUGUCACACACUGGGAGUGACCAUGAAUGUGGGACACUGGAACGGAAGAGGCCUGUCAGUAUGACCGUGAUGGAAGGGGAUUUAUUGAAGAAGGAAAGCUUUGGUGUGAAGGUUGUGGACUUCCAAGCGACCCCGCGGCGAUGUGGCACUAUAAGUAGAAAGCACACAUCCCCGGCCUUCCAGCCGCCCCUGCCGCCCCCCGAGGCCGGCGCGCUGGCGCAGGCUGCGGAGCAGCACGCACAGGCGGCUGCGCCCGAACCCGGCGCGCUGGGCGCUGCGCUGUUCUCUGCUGCCGCAGCUGAACACGUGCCAAGCCAAGGCAGCGAGGACAGCAGUACCUCCAAACCUAAGGACAACGCGUCUUCAGUUACUCCUCCACCCGUGAGGAAUGGUGGGCACGCGGGCACUGUGCAGAACCAGCCAACAAGUAGCACUAAUCAGCUUUCUGUUAAUCAGCCACCACAGAAUGCGGCAGGUCCCAGUCCCCACGCAAUGAGGAGAGCUGUAAAGAAGCCAGCGCCAGCACCCCCCAAGCCAGCCAACCCCCCGCCGGCACAGCCGGGCAGCCAGAGUCCUGCCCCGGCCACUCAGCCACCCUCUGUCUCUCCAAAACCACCUGCCAGAAGUUCUUCUCCUCCUGCUCAACACGCCAACCCCGGAGCAGCCCCGAGCUCCGGUUCGCAGGUCUCUGCUCCUCGGCGAUCCUCCAGCAGCCUGUCCCCGCUCCAGGCUCCCAGCCACCCGCCCCCGCAGCCCCCGGCGCAGGCGACUCCUCCGCUGCAGCCCAAAGCAAACAGCCAGACACCUCCCGCUGCACCGGGCAGCGAGCACGGACCCGAGCAGCCCUGUUACACUCCUCCGCAGACCCCGACACCGCCCGACACCCCCCCUCUGGGAAAACACCCCACGAGUUCCCUGGCGUCACAGCCACAACCCGCUCCAGAGCCCUCCCGGCCCCACUCCCCGCCCCAGAGCGGGACGCUGCCGCGGCCACGGCCCGUCCCCAAACCCCGCAACAGACCCAGCGUGCCCCCUCCGCCUCACCCCCCCUCGCAGCCGGCCGGAGAAGGCCUUAGUGCGAAUCCCACGCAAACAGCUUCCAAAAUAGUGACAGGUGGGGAUGGUUACUGCGAAUAAGAUGUUUGACCUGCAUUCAGUAGGAACUGUAUGGGAAAGUUCGAUGACCCUAAUUCCAGUAUCCGAGAACCACUUCAAACCCCUUCAGAGCUUCUUCCAGACGCAGCGAGCAAAGAACUGCACAACCACCUCCUGCUCGACGUGGAGGACACGGAAAGCACCGCCCUGUGACGGACACUGACCUCCCCAAGGUUCCUCUCCUGCUGGGAAAACUAUCGGAGCUGACAGGGAAAAGCUUCUUUUGACGAUAUGGCAAAACUGUAGAGUUGUGACUUGUGCAUCACAGAGACGGCGAAGAGCCAUUCAGAAGAAGUUUAAUGAUCUGUGUCUCAGCAAUGGUUUUCAAAAUCUUGGAUGGAAGGAAUUAAUUACUGCAGAAACGUGCAUAGGAAGCUUAAUUGCUGUUAAUACAGACGGUAUUAGCAGAGAUUCCAAAAGAAUAAGAAGCAGAACAAUUAGUUAUUUAAAGUGCAUGUAUUAUGGAAAUAAUCUUUUUAAUGUCACGGUUAGACUUUUAUUUCUAGUUUGUAGCCAUUACAAGGAGAUGCCUUGCAAGAGACAUUCCCUCUCUGAUUUGCUGCAGAUUCUUUUUAAAACAUGAACCAAAAAACGCUGGAGUGCUGGUGGUGACUGCUGGUUCUGUCACCUCGUCACAGCCGUGGAUGAUUCGAGUGCCUUGAAGGACUGUCAGACUGCAGAAGGAAACUUACUGUAUCUUUAAUCAUUUCAUUGCUACUUAAUGAUCAGUACUUAAUACUUAUUUCAUAGUUAUUUGUAUUAACCAAGCCUGCUUUUGUUUAUGUGAGACUUGCUACUGUUUCAAGCUGAAAUCGUGGAAGUGUUUUUUGUGCUUUCAUAGAAAACGGUUGAAUUUUGAAAGAACUUUGAAACAGCUGUUUGGAUUCUUCAGUUGGGUGAACAUUUAUAAAAUUAAAGAUUGUCUUUUGUCAUCUUAAA